AUGGAGGAGAAAAGCUUGCUGCUGAACGUGCACAGCAAUCUGGAACCACCGAAACCGGACGGAAACACGUUUCUGAUGCGCGGCAACUACCACUACUAUCAUUACGGGUGUGACGGAUUCCAGGAUAUGGGUUGGGGUUGCGGUUACCGUACGCUUCAAUCGAUCUGCUCCUGGAUCAUCCAGAACGGUCCACCGAAGACGGCCUCGUCCGAUGAGGUACCCAACAUUCCCACCAUCCAACAGAAGCUGGUCGAGAUCAAGGACAAACCGGAGCGCUUCUUCGGUUCGCGCGAGUGGAUCGGCACGCUGGAGGCGAUCUACGUCAUCGACACGCUGUACGACGUGUCCUGCAAGGUGCUACACAUCGCGCGCAGCGACAGCAUCGCCAAGCACGCGGACACGCUGCGCGACUAUUUCGAGCAGUACGGUGGGUUGAUCAUGAUGGGCGGCGAUAUGGAUGCGGCCUCCAAGGGUAUUGCCGGCAUACACGUGAGCGUCGACCAGGACGUGUACCUGCUCGUGGUGGAUCCACAUUUUGUCGGCCGCAUCAAGACGAAGGAGGAGCUGUACACGAAACAGUACGUCAAGUGGCAGAAGGUGGAAGACUUUGUCGACAGUUCGUUCUACAACCUGUGCCUGCCGAUGUUGAAGAGCCGCGAACUGGCAGCGUAA